GUUGCAACGGCCGGGAAAGGAACAGUAGAAGGACUGAGGACGGGUGGUGGCAAGAAAAUGGGCAACUCUCAAAAAAGGAGUAGACAAUUGAAGGAUGGAUACCAUUGCCUAUAUUAAAAGCAUGAUGAAAGGAAAAUAAGAAAGCCAGUAAUCUCAGUAUGAAUCAGUCUAGAUCUAGAUUAGAUGGUGGUGGUGAAGAAUCCUCAUCUCAAGACCAUAAUCAUCGUGAAAAUGAGAGAAGAUGGCAGCAAGAGCGUCUCCAUAGAGAAGAAGCCUAUUACCAGUUUAUUAAUGAACUCAAUGAUGAAGAUUACCGGCUAAUGAGAGAUCAUAAUCUUUUCGGCACCCCUGGAGAAAUAACAUCAGAAGAACUGCAACAGCGGUUAGAUGGAGUCAAGGAACAACUAGCAUCUCAGCCUGAUUUGAGAAAUGGGACAAGUAACAGAGAUUCAGAAGUCCCUAGACAAAGUUCAGAUGAAGACUCUCUGCUAGAAUGGUUGAACACCUUUCGUCGUACAGGAAAUGCAACUCGAAGUGGACAGAAUGGGAACCAAACUUGGAGAGCUGUGAGUCGAACAAAUCCAAACAGUGGAGAGUUUCGGUUUAGUCUGGAAAUCCACAUAAAUCAUGAAAAUAGAGGAUUUGAAAUUCAAGGAGAAGAUUAUACAGGCGUUCCAGUUUCAGAUGUUAGCAGAGAUCAUACCAGAAAUGAGCAACAAAGAUCAACCAGUCCUGUGGCUAGUCGAACAAGAAGCCAAACCUCUAUGAAUUUCAGUGGUAGUAAUUCUAACAUUCCAAGGACUAGGCUUGGUGUAGGGGGGCACAAUUCAGUUGAAGAGUCUUUCUCAACAUUGAGAAGGUUAAGAAAUGGAAUUGGGAUUAAUGCUUCACGCACUAAUUUCAGUAGUCACACAAACCAAUUAGGUGGUAGAGAACUCAGGCAAAGGCAGGGGCAGAGAUUUGGAGCAGCACAUGUUUGGGAAAAUGGGGCUAGAACUAAUGUUACAGUGAGGAAUACAAACCAAAGAUUAGAGCCAAUAAGAUUAAGGUCUACUUUCAGUAGUCGAAGCCGUUCUCCAAUUCAGCGACAGAGUGGCACUGUUUAUCAUAAUUCCCAAAGGGGAAAUAGGUCUUUACGGCAAACCAUUAGAAGGUCUGUUAGGAGGAGAGGUAUAACUGAGGUCCUUUUAGAGCAAGAUAGAGAACGCAGAGGUACUACAUAUACCCCAUUCUCUAAUUCAAGACUUGUUUCAAGAAUAACAGUAGAAGAAGGAGAAGAGUCUAGCAGAUCUUCAACUGCUGUUCGACGACAUCCAACAAUCACGCUGGACCUUCAAGUGAGAAGGAUUCGUCCUGGAGAAAAUAGAGAUCAGGAUAGUAUCGCAAACAGAACUCGAUCCAGAGUAGGGCUGGCAGAAAAUACAGUUACUAUUGAAAACAAUAGUGGGGGCUUUUGCCGAACUAUUUCUCGUUUAGAGCGGUCAGGUAUUCGAACCUAUGUUAGUACCAUAACAGUUCCUCUUCGUAGGGUUUCUGAGAAUGAGCUCGUUGAGCCAUCAUCAGUGGCACUUCAGUCAAUUUUCAGGCAGAUCAUGACUGGGUUUGGAGAAUUAAAUUCUCUUAUGGAGGCUGAAUCUGAGUCAGAGACACAGAGAAAUGAUCAGCAUUUACCAGAGAUGCACUCAGAACUAAGUAACCUAGGUACUGUUCAUGACAAUGAAGGUUUCUCUCAAGACAGGCAAGCUCAAGAAGACAGCACUGAAAUGAAUAGUGAAAAUGAGACCAGCCAGCCUCAUUUCCAAAAUAGUGAUAGUAGAGGAGGCAGGCAGUUGCAAAAUUCGAACAAUUUAGUUGAAACUGGAACACUACCUAUUCUUCGCCUUGCUCAUUUCUUUUUACUCAAUGAAGGUGAUGACGAUGAUCAAAUACAUGGUUUAACCAAAGAGCAGAUUGACAAUCUUUCUACCCGUAUCUAUGAGCAUAGCAGUAUCGAUAGCGAACUAGGUAAAAUUUGUAGUGUUUGUAUCAGUGACUAUGUAACUGGAAACAAACUCAGGCAAUUACCUUGCAUGCAUGAAUUCCAUAUUCAUUGUAUUGACCGCUGGCUCUCAGAAAAUUGCACUUGUCCGAUCUGUCGGCAGCCUGUUUUAGGGUCCAGUAUACCAAACAAUGGGUAAAGGGAUGGGAUCUACUCAAAUACUGUAUUUUAGUAGAACCGAAUAUUUAAGCAUUCAUUUCUUGAGUUA